AUGGACAAUACUCAGCGGACCCUGUACAGGGAUGUGAUGCUUGAGACUUAUAGCAAUCUGCUGUUUUUGGGCUAUCAUGUGACAAAGCCUGAUGUGAUCUUGAAAUUGGAGCAAGAUUCAGUACCAUGGACAGUGGACAAAUCUACAAUCCAGAGACUUCCAGACUCCUCCCGAAAGAAUGAGCUGCUUGGAGUGAAUCAGAAAAGUCAAGAAAUAAUAUUCAGGAUGCCUGAUGAAAUGCCACUUGAGAUAACUCAUCCCUCUAAUUUCCCUGAGAAGAAACUCCAGAAUGGGGGAAAUCUCAGCAUGCACACUUGUCAGCAGUCUUUUGAACACAGUGGGAAAGAAAAAACUUGGAAGAAGAGAUUCCUUAAGUGUGAGAAGGUUUAUACCAACGACCUAUGUAAUAAGCAACAUAUUAAUGUGGGAGAAACCAUUCAGGUUAAAAAACAAAUGUUCCGUAACAAUCCUGACUAUGACAAUCAUCAGCAAACACAAUCAGGAGAGAAACCCCAUGGACAUUUCCAGAGUGAGAAAUCUCUGAUUUGUAAAAGAGAUGCCAAAGUCAAUCAGAUAACCCAAACAGCAAGAAGUCAGUAUAUAUGUGAUUAUUGGAAGAAACCUUUUAACUGUGAAUCUCGCAUUACCAUGAACCAGAGAACUGACAAAGGAGAAAAUUUCUGUAUGUGUAAUCAAUGCAAAGAAAACAUUGACCAGAAGUCAGAACUCUUGGGAGGUCAGAUCCUUGACACUGCAGAGAAGCCGAAUGAAUGUAGUGACCCUGGAAAAGCCCUUCACCAACAAUUAUCUGUCAUUGGGUAUCAGAGAAUUCACAUAGGGGGAAAAUGUUAUGAAUGUGUUUUUGUUAAACGUCAGAAUUCAAAUGGGAAAAAGCAUUACGAAUGA